CAUUAGCCAGAUGCUUGAGAAUUCGACAUUAACUUGAGUUAAUUAACUAGAUUAACAUUGUGUGUGUCGUAGAUGAUACAGAUAAAAUAUAGCCUUCUAUUUGUCAUUCCUAGUAUAACAUUAUACAAUAAGCAUAUGUAUAACACUUUUGCCGAGAUCUGCACAUUUCAUUUUGAUGUUAUAUUGAACUACUGUCUCUCAUUUUGAUUUCCAGAUUAUUCAAAGACGAUACAUCAUCGAUGGCUGCCCAAUUAUUAGCCUUCCGCCAGAGAUGUGAUGGGAAAGCUGAGCCGGAACUAUUAGAGCGAUUAGAUUGUUUACAGAUGCGUUUGGAUCGGUUGUCUGGCGUGGAGAUAUUGCCUUCUGUACCGACUGAUGACCUCUUCCUGGUCACUUGCCAUCCCGUUGAGCCAGCCACGAUAUCAGAUCUAGAGUUUUCUGCUACAGAACAGCUGGAGACGGAGGUAUUCUACUUAAAGGUGGAAUCAUUAAAAAAACGAACACGACCAACUUUAACCGAAUCAGACAUUAAACAAUGCAUACAGCUUAGCACACUUGAUGCUGAAGAAACUAUCGUCAGGGAAACACAGGGAAAGGUUAGAAUCGUGACACCGCUUGAUACUGUAAGAAAGUAUGUGUCAUACCAUCUACAUUUGAGAGGCGAUGAUGGAUGGAAGAUAUUCCAUGGAGAUCUCAAGAACGGCAUGGUUGAAGCGAUGAUCCCUACUCCGGACAAAGCCUUAGUAUGUAUAACAUCUCGUGGGACAGAAUAUGACGUGAAGGUUGGUCCAAGUGGAACAGAGUAUCGUUUUACCUCCAAUAAAGAUGUAUUGAUCCGUUUUCCUAAAGGAGCAGUUCAGUCAAACCAGGUUAUACAUGUAUCGCUAGAAUCAGCUGACCGUUCGGUGAUACAACAGAUGAAACGAAAUCAACCGGAGUUGUCAAUCGUAGGAUUUACAGACAUUGUCCACAUUGAACACGACGAACCGUUCAGGAAAGACGUGUGUGUCGAACUGCCAAUGGAAAUGAUCACUGCCGAUGAUAUCACUGCCUGCGAUCUGAUAGCAGUCCAUUUCGACGACGAUAACAUCAUCAUUGACCAAAAGGGCAACAAGAUGAAAAAAGUUGGGAAAAAUAAAAUCAAACUUGAAACCUCUCUUUUUAGUGGUAAAGGUAUUUUCGCCAAAAGAAAAAGACACAAAAGGGAAAGACAGAAAUCUGAUUCUGAGAGCGUCUGUUCGAUAUAUGGCUACAACGUCCCCUGCAGUAUUCUGGUGUUUCUGGGAGAGGGACCGACGAUUGAUUCAUGGAUGGUCUGGGGAGAGGUGGUACCAGAACACCUUGUUGGAGAUAUUGCCAAAAGGAGAACGACCGAAAAUGGUUUGCGGGAACCACCGAACUGUAGAUCAGACGGGAAAUGUUUUAAAAAGAAAACCAGGAUACAUGUAUAUCUAGGGUCGAAAGGAUGUUUGAAAAUGUGUAAUGGGGUUAUGGAAAAGCAGUGUAUCGUUUAUCAACCAAAGGCUAUACAUAACUACGUCAGUUUUCCUGUAGUGAAAACCGAUACAAGUGAAAUGGCAAUCCUCAAUUUCAAAACGAGAGCAAAGAAAAAACAAAAGGAUUUACAUACUGCCUACUUUCGUCCAACCGCAGUAUUACCGGUUGCGUCCGGGAUUUCAGAAGAAAAUGAACCGAAAGGUUUCUUCGACAGUCGAAGCAUGCUCACACUGGUGCAACACAUUGACAUCAAUGACUUGUUGGGUCUAGCCACCGGACUUGGCAUCUCUAUGACUAAGUAUCAAGACCUUCGCUUUGUACACGAACAUCGUCCUGACGAAUUUAAAUUAUCUGUUAUCAAUAAAUGGCUGAAAUCCAGUUCAAAAGGACCAGAGAAAGAUAUUUUACAAUUGACAAAUGUUCUUGAGGAGUGUGAUAUCAACAGUGUUGCUGAGGUAUGUAAAUCGGUAUUCAAAAAAGGGAGAGGAUUGACAAAAAAAGAUUUCAGAUAAAACAAUAUAAUGCACUAUUAUGAUCUGAUGUUAUCAGCAGCAAUGCCGCCUCAAGUAUAGAACACGCAAUGUGCUGGCUCUGUUUUGUGACAAGUGACAUUGGCGUUAAUCCAUGCAUAUAUAUAUAUAUAGAAGCGAUGGCGACGCCAUCUCCGAACAAGUCUAGAACUACACCUAAGUUACCAAGCAUGACGGCACGGAAAACUUCACGGGCUACUUCGCCUACAUACAGGAAACAUCAGAUGAACACACGUUCCCAACGGAGUAAUCAUAGUGCUGCAAAUGACACUCAGGAGUCUCCUGUGAGAUUAAAUGGAAUUACCUACAUUGGGAAAUCAGCAUUUAAUCAUUUUUUAGGACAUUGCCAAAAAAUAAACAAAGGAGGAGGAUACAAACAAAAUACAAAAAACAGUGUUUAACGGAUUAAGAGAAAGAUAAGAG